AUGAUUUGGCAACCUGUAAAUCUAACUGAAGUUUGUCCAACCAACACACCUGUUACAGCCUGCUCUUCCUUCGGAUUUUUUUAUUUAAACUUAUUAGUUCAGUUGUAUGGCGGUUCUCGAUACAAGAGAUUAGAGACGAACCAUAAGGAACCAGUUGACGAAAAGAAUGAGUACGACUUCAUUGUGGUCGGAGCCGGCGCCGCGGGUUGUGUGGUUGCUAAUAGGUUAUCUAAAAACCCUAACUGGAAGGUGCUUCUUUUAGAAGAAGGACCAGAACAAUCUGACAUAACUUUUGCCCCAGGUCUAUCAACUGCCAUUCUUGGGUCUAACAUUGUCUUGUCUUACCCAACUGAGCCAAAUGGACAUAGCUGUCUCGCUAGUUCUGGAGGAAGAUGUUCGUGGUCAAGAGGGAAAGUGAUGGGAGGUUCAAGCUCAGUCAACUCACUGGCAUACAUUAGAGGGAAUAGAGCUGAUUAUGAUGGUUGGGCCGCACUUGGUAACGAAGGGUGGAGCUACAAAGAUGUACUACGAUUCUUCAAAAAAUCGGAAAGAAACGAAGAUAUUGAGGCUUUAGAUAGACGCUAUCAUGGAGUCACAGGGGAGCAAUUUAUAUCUAGUUAUUCUUAUGUAGACAAACCUUCCAUAAUGGUGACUGAAGCAGCCAUUGAAAAAGGACUUUCUUUGACUGACUUUAAUGGAGAACAACAAGAGGGUGCUUCACAGGCACAGGCAUUUGUAUAUUUAGGCGAAAGAGUUUCUACAAAUACAGCUUUUAUACAACCUAUCAGAUAUAAAAGAAAAAAUCUUACAGUCAAAACAAAUUCCGAAGCCAUUCAGAUACUUUUUGAUGAAAAUAAAAAGGCAUAUGGGAUAAUUUAUAUCCAGAACGAAAAAAAACUAACUGCCUAUGCCAAAAAAGAAAUUAUCGUUAGCGCUGGAACUAUUAAUUCACCAAAAUUGUUAAUGCUUUCUGGUAUUGGGCCAAGAAAUCAUUUAGAAAAAUUAAAAAUACCUGUUAUACAAGAUUUGGCGGUAGGAGAAAACCUACACGAUCAUGUAUCUUUUAGCGGCGUGACGCUAACUUUGUCUAACAAAACAGCAACAAUGGUCAGCGAAAAAGAAAUAUUACAAGCAGUUCAAGAUUACGCUGAAAUGAAAAUUAAACGCGGUCCUUUAUCUAGUAACGGGCCGGUAAGUUCAAUAGGGUUUAUAAAAACUAGUGAAGAUUUAAUCGCUCCGGACAUACAGUACCAAUUUGGUCAUGUGCCUGAUUUGGAAGAAUAUAUUGACGAUAUAUUAACGGCCGAGCAACUUCCAAUUUUUCCAACGCCAUUUUACGAUUCUCUUUUAGUAAGGAUCAUGAACUUAGUGCCUAAAAGUAGAGGUGUGCUAUUGUUGAACGAAUCUAAUCCACGCAGUGCUCCGCUGCUAUAUCCAAAUUAUUUAAGUGAUGAAAGUGAUAUUGUCCCAUUAUUAAAAGCUAUGAAAUUUAUCCUAUCCUUAGAAAAUACAAAAGCAUUUAGAUCGAACGGUGCACAUUUUGUUCGGGAGCCAUUACCGGCUUGUAGAGAUCACGUCUGGGGUACCGACGAUUACUUUACUUGCAUGGCGAGAGCGUACACGGUGACUACAUAUCAUUACGCGGGGUCUUGCAAGAUGGGUCCUAAGCGGGAUAAAAAGGCUGUAUUGGAUAGUCAAUUAAGGGUGUACGGUGUUUGUGGAUUGAGAGUUAUUGAUGCUUCUAUGAUGCCGUUUGUUAUUCGAGGAAAUACGAAUGCUCCUACUAUUAUGAUAGGAGAGAGGGGCGUGGAUUUCGUUAUUAAGUACUGGCAAAAUAAUAGUGAGGCUUAUUGUGUCGAAUCUCAUUGA